AUGAUAUAUUUAUUUUCUUACUCUGACAGAGUGCACAACUGCCACGAAGACUGGCUGGAGAUAUACAACAUCUACUACGACAACAGCACGGACCUGAUCGCCCGGUACUGCAACCAGUCGACUCCGGGUCCCACUGAGUCCAUCCGGGGUGCCCGCGGACUCCGAGUCAUUCUGCACUCUGACGCUGAUCACGUAUCCAGCGGCUUCAAAGCCAAGUACAUAUUCCUCAACGCAAAGGACAUAUUUGGAGACUGCGGUAAGAACAUCAGCAGCUCCCAGGACGGCGUGGUGACCUCGCCCCUCUUCCCGGACAACUACCCGGCCAAGGAGAGCAAGGUCUGCCACUGGUACAUCCACGUCAAACCCGAGAGGAAGAUCCUGCUCUACUUCGACACGUUCAUCGUGGAGGGAGACCGAUCCAACCGCGGCUGCCCGGCGGCGGUGGUGCGAAUCUGGCAGGACCUGAAGAGCACCCCCAUCGAGCUGUGCGGAGACACACUGAUGUCACGCUACAAGCAGAUCAUCUCUGCCAGUAACGUAAUGAAGCUGUCGUUCAUAUCGUCAGAGAAGUCGGUCGGUCAGCAGGGAUUCCGAGCGUACUGGACUGAGAUGAAGGACGACAAGGAGUGUGACGGUUUCCACUGUGAGAAGAACGGCUUCUGCAUCCCUGAGCGGCUCCGAUGCAACAUGAGAGCCAACUGUGGCGUGGGUGACCUUAGCGACGAGACUGGCUGCGCCACGGCCGCCGAGGUGGACGUAUUCAUGCUGCUGGGCGUCAUACUGGCCAUCGUGGCGGUGGCCGGUCUGGGUCUGUGCGUCUGGUGCCGACGCCGCGGGGAGGACCGUCACCGGCGCCACCCGACCUCACCCUCACACCGUCACGUGCACGUGUGUGACCACCUGGGGUCGCGGCUCUCCACCAUGGACACCGUAUGAGAGAGGUGGCGGUUCGGGCCCAGUGAUCCGCCCAGUGUCGCCUCAUCCACCGGUACACUGUGACACGGUGCGGGCGAUACAGGGGAGAGGAGAGGCUGGGUAGAGCACAGGGAGAGGGGCAGGACUGGAGAGAGACGCGCGUUGUAGAGGUGGAAACCUAAAGGAUGGCUCAGAUACGAAAUGAUUCGUGCGGGGGGGGGGGGAGGCACGCUUUUCAGAUGAAGUUGUCAGAAGUCAGACUGUUCUUUUCUACUUCUGGGUUUGUUUCAACCAGAAAACUUUCGUCAAGCCUGGCUCCAACACGGAUAGGUACCGCGUAGUAUGAGCUGGAUUGAGGACCUGACCCCAGUGACCUGACAGCUGGUCGGAACGCCCCCUCUUCACUGAGUGACCUGAGUGACCCAACAGCUGCCUCGGACCGCCUACUCGAGUGACCUGAGUGACCUGAAUCGACCGGACUGACCUGAGCAGGAGUCACUCCGGUUUCAAACGGACCCGUCGUCGCCACCGAAACGCAGAGCACUCUCGAAACGAUCGCACAAUCGCACAAUAAAGAGAAAAACUCAGCAGUGACCGGUCCACAAGUGACUGGAGGGACGCCAAACCUACCGAAAUUGUUGGACUAGUCAGCGUCAGUGACUGUGAAAUGUGAACUGAGAGCAAUGCACGGACGGACGUGCAUCAGUUUCAUUCAGUGUGAUGGUUUUGUGUAAUGUUAUGGGCAAGCGGCGCCAAAGACAUUUGCUUGUCAAUUGAAAUACGCCAAAUAAACGCCAAAGUUGUAGGGGAACUGCAACUAGACCGCGAGAAGUUAGCAGUUGUUGGCUAUUUCACGAUGUGCUGUCAAAAUAUGGGAUGAAAUCUCGCUGGUGCUAUGUGUUGUGGGAUGGAGGAUGGGUACAACUUGCGUUGUGAAUGUGUUUGUGUGUGCGUGUUGUGAACGGGAUGGACACCGGACGGCAUGCCAGAGGUCGCCCUAAGAAUGAUUGCCAACCUGUUAUUUUCCUGUUAGUCCAACUUUACUAGAAAAAGGCUUCACCGACAGCGCUGCUGCCUGAACCGUUGAAGCAAAAAGCUGGUGAUAGAUGCUGCAGUGUGUGUCAUUACAUGGCCAAACGCAACUAUGCGAGCAGCUACGGGUGAAUUCUACUAGUGAUCUUAGCGAUGUCGACAGUCGAUUAAUUACACACCUAUGUAGGUAUUUAUUUUGUACCUUAUACCCUACUUCUGAUAUUUUUGUUCAGCUUGUUGUCAGACCAACGAGCAAAUAAUGUCAGUUGUGUCUUGUCAGAUCCUUCAUAGCACCUAAACCUAAACUACCGAAUGCCAGUGUGAAAUCGAAGGGCAUUGUGACUCAAUGGAGGGCACCAGUCCUUUGCUUGAUGGCUGCGCCACCUAGGAUGUAGUUUGGCGAUGGUGCUGCCACCUAGGGCACUGACCUGGCAGCUCUCCAGCUGCGGCUGUCAGUGUGAGGAUUGCACACACAGAUCAGUGUGACGAUGGGCCGGUAUUGGGUUGUGCUCAAGCCGUCUUCACGAUGGCAAUAGUUGUAGUAACUUAAAUGCGCAAUGUGGGACAAAAUCAGAGUGUGAAUCGCUUCAAUUGAUUCAUGUUGCGACUUGUGGAGCGUCGUGUAUGUGCUUACUGUUGUCAGACGAGCCACGAGUGCUGUUACUAAAUACUUUACCACAGUGUUUUGUUUGAAAUUAAUUUACAACCAUAGACAGCGAGAUAAAGCUAUUGCGCCGUACGCUUUGGUCUCAGGACGUUUUUUCAGUGUUUGUUGUAACUUUGGGAAUGUAGGGCCGUUGUAGAUAAUUUGCGUACAAAAUAAAUAUGCAUACCACAGUUUAUCAGCCUCUAUCCUACUUAUAAUUUAGAUUUUAACUCAUUCUUAAUGUGUUCAAUAAUCACUGCGAAAGGCACCCUGACCAAAAUGUUUGGCUCAUUAGAUGUCAUUUAGAAAUACCGAGAUUUAGGAGAAACGUCCUUCAAUUUUAGUGCGUUUAUACCUACAUCUUCUUUUUUCUCACCAAAAUGCUAAUACACCUGGGAUGGUGGUGGACAAGUUUGUAAGGAUGCAAUGUGAGUUGUGACUCUGUAAGUUUCGUACCUUUUUGUGCCAUUUGAGGCAGUGCUCAGUAGGCAGUAGGCAGUACUCAAGAGCGAGAUGAACACUUUUAGCGUAAAAACUUAGUCUUGGAAGCA